CGGUCCAGGAUUUCGCGGCGUUUCGUCCAUUGGCGCUCCGAGGAUUAGAUCGUGAGGAUGGUUUGAGUGUCCCGUGAUUGGACGGGCAGUGUAAGGAAGUGCACGGUCCUUCGUUUCGUGAAUUCCACUUCUCACAUUCCACGCACCGUCAAACGAACCAUCGCUGUGCUGUGAAUAGCAACAAAAAAAACGAAAAGGAAUAAUGGUGCACUGAUGGUCGAUAGUGGCAAGGUAAGGGACCUGUGAGCACCGGAAGGCCGGAAGUGAGCCCAGCUGUCAAGUGGCGCCAGCUUUCAGCACUUCGGCACUGCAGUCCUUGCCAGCCGCCCAGCAACGAUCGAAGCAAGCGCCCGCGAUGCUGUGCACCGUGCUGGGCAUCGUGCUCGGCGUGCUGGUGGCCCUGUACGGUCUUUUCGAGCUGCACUACUUCCUGCGGAUGUGCCUUUGCGUGGUCUCGGCACGCUUUCUCAAGAAACGGAUGCACAUUCUGGACACGAGCAGCGUCGUCGGGCUGUGUCUAACGAACGACAUCGACACGUUGCUGUACCACAUGAACAAUGCGCGGUACCUGCGCGAGGUGGACUUUGCUCGCGUCGACUUCUACGAGCGAACGACCCUCUAUCGGACCAUCCGAAGCAAAGGAGGAUCCGUCGUGCAGGGGGCCACCACGAUCCGCUACCGACGGUUCAUACGUCCUUUCACACGGUUUACGAUCAGUUCCAGGAUCGUGUACUGGGACGAUCAGUCCAUCUUCAUGGAGCACCGGUUCCUCGGGGCGAACGAUGGCUUCAUCCACUGCAUUGCCUUAUGCCGGCAGCGCGUCAUACAGUGCUCGGUGGAUGACGUGAUGGCGACCCUGCUCAAGAGCGGUCUCAGCUUACAGGUCCACGGCCCCGCGGCGCCAGCGAAACAUUCGGCGACGUCCCAAACCAGCUCGACCGAGUUUCUGGACAAGGCCGAAAAUGGUACCGGGUCGGGCGUGACGGUGGAACCGGCGCGCCUCUCGAAGCCGGACCUACCGCUCGAGGUGUCCAAGUGGCUCGAGUGGAACGAGAUCUCCAGCGCCAGCUUGCGGAGCGAGUGCUGAAGGGGAACCGGAGACCAAUCGGGCCAAGCGAGCAUUUUGCACUCUUCACUGUUACUCGUUGUCCUUGUCGCAUCCUGUUUCGCUUACGGAAGGUCUAUUAGAACUCCAGCUCCAUGUCAUCGUUCCGCUGAUCUCAAAAACACCCUUGCAGUUCCCCCUUAAGAGUUCCCCCUCUAUCUCGUUGUUGACUCCUUCUCUGCGUAGUAGCUAAAGUAAACGGAUAAAGUAAUAAAAGUCACACGGCGUUCGAUUUCUAG